GCCAUUUUGUUUUCCACUCGAGCCCGCGAUCUUCGAACUACAGACCAGCAGUCGAACGGCCUGGUUACAGAGCAAACAAAAUGGCGUCCAGAAUUUUCUCAACAUUGAGUCGGACGCAGAAGAGAUUUCUACAGUUUGGAGUACCUAUGGUGUUUCUCAUGAUUGCUGGAUCAUUUGGAUUAAAAGAGUUCACAGAUAUCAAAAUAAAAAGAAGAGACUCCAAGUAUCAAAAGCUGACUAGAGAAGAAGCCUUAAAUGUUUUACCACAAAGAGAAAAAAACAUAACAUUAGAAGAUGCAUAUGAUGAAAUUCAUUCUAAAGUUGACAUUGACACCUGGAAAAACAAAAGAGGACCCAGACCUUGGGAAGAGCCACCAAAGAAAUGAAUAUCAUCAUACCCUUUUACACUCUCUCUUGCAGAGUCUGUAAACGUGAUGUUCUAGAGGCAAUACCUGGCCAGGGGUGUAGAAAGGGAUUUGAUCUCCCCCCCCCCCCCUCUCCUCCCAUCCAAACAAAGUUUGACUAAAAAUCAUAAAUUUUCCCCUUUUCCUAUUUUGUUGAGCUACCUGUUAAUUUGGUGGAAAUUUUCUUGCUGAAAACUUGUGUGCUUGCCUCUCCACCCUGGUAAUCUCACUACGACAUUACACCUGGCCUAGCUAAGCAUGGUGCAUCAGCUACAUAUACCAUUAACAGUAAGAGACUAAUGGGAUUUUAUAACUCAAACCACUUCAAUAUUGAUAGGUGCAAUAUUAAUAGUAGUUACUGUGAUUGUAAAUGAAUUUUUGUAAGCCAGUAACUACUGGUGUUGUAAAAGCUUUGUCGUAACCAAGUAGUUACUGUGAUUCUAAAUGAAUUUUUGUAAGCCAGUAACUACUGGUGUUGUAAAAGGGACGUUGUAACCCAGUAGUUACUGUGAUUGUAAAUGAAUUUUUGAAAGCCAGUAACUACUCGUGUUGUAAAAUUAUAUAAAAUUAUGUAUUUUUCCACAUUUGGGCUCUCUUUAUUUAACUAGCUCUGCCAUAUGAGACAUCCCUGUAUAAAUAUUGUUGAAAUAAAUAAAUGAACGAAA